GGGCAUUAAAGGGGGCAUUGCACAACGCUAUUGAGGGCGAGUAAAACUCUGCCAAACUUUGACCUGGAUAUCUGUAUUUUCUAGUUCUCGGUGUCUUGCAGGAGCCGUAGUUGCAGUGAUGUUUCGCUGUUAUCCCACGGCAUUAUGUAGGAUCGUGUCACAUGUAUGGAGAGUCAAGUUGUGGAUCGAGAUGACAUACAUGAGUGUGCUGUCCAUGCGUGUCGGUCUGUGGAUGCGGUCGACUAUCCAGACGCUGACACAGUAACUAUACAUGAAGUGAUGCGUUUCUGUUCCAGACACAGAAUUCAACAUCAUCCGGACGGCUAAUCGGGCCAUCCAUUAACCUGGCAGAUAAGAACAUCACCCUUGACUGUUUCAGUGAUCGGCUGCGGUCCUUCCCGUCGUUAAUUGUGGAAUAAUUCAUUACUUCUAGCAAAGAUGGAAGAAUAACGCGUUUGGCUUUUUUUUUUUUACUCCGCGUUCACCUCCCCACCUCGACAUUCAAUAUUGACCAGGUGAACCAAAGAACUUAGACGGGACAUCCUCGUCGCUGUAAACCAUGGCGGCCUAAAUAGGGUUGAUAAUCUCCAAUAUGACUCACAGAUAGAUGACCAUGUAUGCCCACUUUGAAGACGACACUCUUCAAAAAUCAGGCCUUCGAAAUAAACGUGCCUUCAUCUGUGCUAUCGCAGUUGUCAUAGUGUGUGUGCGGAAUACCACAUCCCUCAUUGACGGAUAAUUGCAUGCAUAACAAGUUUAUUUUAACCCCACAGCUCCAGACAUCCGAUGUGGAGCCUGUGAACCAAACUCGUCCAUAAUUGGUGAAGCCCCGAGCAGCCGGUCACUACCGGGAUAGCUCUGCGCGGUCGUUGAGGUCUCCGGGUUACCCCAGCUCAGACACAAUGCGAUGUGUCAGCUGCCGACUCUCCGAUACUCCUGCAUUACACCGACACGGUUCUCUACGGCGUCCCUCCUUUUUCCUGAUCGGCGUUUUUGGUUUCCCAAUUUAACAUUUGGCCAUCUGUCAACGAUUUGGCUGCAUGCACGCAGCCAUUACUGAGCGAAUGGCGAAGGGCAUGUUAGAGGCUCGCACACACAGAUCCACUCAGCGAUAGGAAAGCGGCGAAAUAGUUUCAGCUCGUAGCCUACUGCUGUCGGUGGAUGGACAGGGAUCCGUGUCCUGCACCGCCUCAGUGUUCGGGGUCGGCACAGAUCAGAUCAGAUCGUGCAUGGUAGUAAACAAAACUCUGUGACUCGCACGACCAUGUCAGCCUCGUUGUUUGUGCACGGUUAUUUCCUCAUCACCACAAGUGUUGAGAAAAGUAGGAAAUUUGUUGUUGGCCUAAAGGACUGGAUACCCGUGUAAACAGCAGGCCUACUCCUUUCAGGAUUCAGCAUAUCACGGAAUUACAAGGAAAACUCUCACCUGACUGACUCAGCUACCCCCAGAGGCAUGUUGUGCUAAAGAAACACCUAUGCAGGUGGAUCCCACACUAAUGAAUGUAGGGGAUGGAGGCACGGUGAGCAGAGAGAUCAGUGCUCCAAAUAAAGCGUCUUCUAGUAUGGUGGGAAAUCCCCCCCAGACGCUACCCCCUGAGUUUAGAGGAGAUGUUACCCUCAGUCAGCAGAACAAGACCACUCCAGCGACAGACUGCAAGACAACGAAAGCUUGCCUGGACACUAGCAAUUAUAACCACAGCUCUGAGCUUUCUCCACCUCAACAGCCCAACAAUGCACCAAUGUCAGGCUCAGCCCUCACCACAGCAGACAAAAGAACAGACAAAAGAGCAGACAUCCCUAAACUUAAGGCUGAUGGUGCUGGGGUUUUCUCCCCUCCUCAGUGGUCAAGUGGCGUAAAAGUCAGCCGUGAUGAGUCACUCAACCCCUGUCACAGCAAUGUGACGACUAGUAAGAAGUCAAACACGCAAACACAAUCUGUGCAAAGUGUUCCACCUGGUUUUCAGUGCUCCGCCAUGUUUAAACCAGCCCAGUCUGUGGCCUUCCUCCCCUCCACUAAUUUUUCCUCUCCACUUUGUAAAAUCACUCUUCCACCAGCAUUGGGUCAGAUUGCAGCCUUGAGAGAAGCCACAGCCAGUCAGUUUCAGAAAGAAAUUCAGCCUCAAAGCUCAGGUGUCAGUGGGACACCUCUAAUGCGGACCUAUCCCUAUCCCUUCUCUGUGACUCGGAUGCCAGUGGCAGAGAAAAAAGCAGGCACAUCCACCUCAAAACUUAAAUCUAACCAUUCAUCAAGCAAGAACGCCAAAUCUCUAGAACAUAAAUCAUUAGCUUCAGUUGUAGCCUCACCAGCUAUCGCCCUUCCAUUACAGCACCCAUCGCUAUCUUCCACAGCACCCACUCGCUACACGUUAUCUCCCACUGCUGCCAUUUGCUGUGGCUCUGCAUUGGCCAGCCUCACCUCUCAGAGCAGACUGCUGAACCAUGUGGAAAAAGGCAACAGCAUAGACAAGACAUCCAUGGGCUCCUUAAAAACCACAACCCCCUCUGCUUCAGAGGACCAUGCAGUAGCUUGCUCCAUUGAACCAAGAGAUGUACCUCUUGAUUUGUCUGCUAAAUCAAAACGUCCAAAAUGCAUAAAUGACCCUCCAGUUUCAUUGAUGGAACCUCAUAAUAGUGAAUCAAAUCAAAGAGAUUUUCUUAACUCAAAGAGGACUCAUUCAACUUACAGUUCAACUGUGCAAUAUCCAAUUUUACCCAAUACCCAUAGAAAUGGAUCUCAUCAAAAGCAAUUAAGUAGGCCUCAGAAUCACCAGGUCCCAGAUCCUAAACCCUCCUGGGGAAAAGCAUCAUCACAAGACCCCAUUAAAAACAUCCCUGGGACUUAUGUAGGUGUGGCGAGUCCCAUUCUGGCCUCUACCCUUAGAGGCAAAGACGGCAAAGGGACUUUUGCUGAUGAAUUUCAGAGUUUUGCGAAACAAGAGUUUAUAUCUAUAAUUGAUCAAGGAGAACAUCUGGCCUCAGGAGGAAAGAAGCCAUCCUGUCUCAUGAAGGGUAACCAACAUACUCACAGUGUCAAGCCUGUUAAAAACACCAGCACAACCCUAGCUAAGAGCUGUCCCUCUAAAGGAGCCCUAACAACAGCCCUGUCAAGUUCUGCCAAUGCACAGAUUCAUCAGAAAUCUGGAGCUGGAAAAACGGCGGUGCCAUACUCUACCAGUGUUGUCAAUCCAGCGUGGCAACAGCCAUCACACCUUCCACACCAAGCCUCACCGGUCCACAGAAAAAUCACACAAGGAUCCCCAAAGAAUAAAAACGCCACAGCAGCCGAUGGAUCAAAGUUUCAUAGUGCUCAUCACAGCCCGUCCAAACCUGAGGAUGAUAAGUGGGAGAGAAUAAAGUCUCCCCUGUCUAAUCUUGCGUCAAUUGUAAAGCAACAGUCUCUUGAAACAACAGCGCUGACAGGUGAAGGAAAUGCUCAGACUUCACCUGUUGCAUCUAGAAAGACUGACGUUCUGAAUGCACUCACAGGGGGCCAAGAAACCCAGCCCAAACAUACCUUUGAAUACCCACCAUACUGGUCAGUGGAAAAAUGGCCCACCCCACCCUCUCAAGGGGAUUCAACUCAAGCCAUGAAGAGACUUGAAAAAUCGAAUGCCACCGAGGCUUUAGAGAAUAACACAGAGAUUCACUCCAGUCAGACAGAACACAUGGGACUACAAGCAAAGCAAGGCUCCUUAAAGCCCGCUGGCCAGUCUCACAUCUUUGGAAGCAAUGCAUCAACAAAUGGGAACAGGAUGGAGAGCAAACUAGCCCAGGUGUUAGAGGGGGAGAUAUUCAAGAAAGAAAGUGGGGCGUCAGAUAGUAAACCCAGUGAAAAAUUGGAGGGCAUGGUUGCAUCUAUUCUUACAGGCCACUGUGCAGGGGGAGGCGACAAGUUUGAGAAGAAAACAAAUGGAACCAAAGAGGAGUCGCCAACCAAAGCAAAAGCUGCCACCAUCAAACAAAAGAAAACGAGUUCCAAGAAGCCAGCAAAGGAGAAGUCACCGACUGUCCCAUCAAAGAAAGCUGCGGGAAGCACAAAGAAAAAGCGAGAUACAGAAAAUACUCCAACCAAAGUGUCUUCUUGUAAAAAGCAGAAGAAACGAUCUGCACCUGUGCUAGAGCAGAGUCUAUCAGCAGGAAAACUUUCCCCGCAGAGUAAAGAGCAUCUUCCAAGGGACAAGAUCAGCCCCAGCAAGGUUGAGCAGUCAAGUCGCAACAAACCAGUUACAGACAGCAGCUGCAGACCCGAGAGGGCAGAGACUCCAGUCGUAUCGAGUAAGGAGCCCGAUGCUGCAGAAACGUCCUUCCCAAGACUAAGGAGAGGACGGCGGCGAGCUGAUGAAGCCCGGCUCGACCUCUGGGGCUUUGCGACGCCUUCCCCUCCACCGCCGCCAGUGCCUCCUCCACCGCCCUCCCCGCCUGUGACUCCCACCCAACCAGCCCGCCGUCCAAGAGGGAGGCCUCGCUCGACGCCUCUGCCAGAGCGAGGGGUUCAAGGAAAGAGCAAGACAGCCGGUGCAGACGGGGACACCCCUGUUCAUAAGAAGCGUCGGCGCUGCAGAAAUAAAAAGUAUCAAACUGGGGAUUACAUCACUGAGAAAGACAAGCUGGAAGAUGGAGAGCACCUUCAACAGUCCGACUCCCUGCGACAGGACCGUGAAAUCACAGCAGAUGUGCAGACAAAUCAGUGUCUGAGUCCCCCUGCCUUCAGCCCGGAACCCUCACCACGCAGACCCUCGUUCACCCGCUCAGGGUCUGUUCGAUACCAGGAGAGUGAGGCAUCUCCAGAGUGCAACGACAAGCCUUCAGGGAAGAGGAAGUUCAAAAGCAAACACCUAUGUGACAGUGAUGAGCAGAAGAUUAAGACUAAACGCAGCAGCUUGGGCAAGCGUGGCGCCUCACAAGCCCUGGGUGAUGAUAGCACCGAGGUGAAAAAGGGAGACAGCCCUCCAACCCUGCCAUCUCCUCCAUCCAAUAAGAAAGGCUCAUCAGGAAGAAGCAGUGGCUCGGAGUCUCCGCCGAAAAGGCCCAUUCCCCCAGAAGUCCGUCGGCUGAUCGUCAAUAAGAACGCCGGGGAGACUUUGCUUCAACGUGCUGCUCGUUUGGGCUAUCAGGAUGUGGUUCAGUACUGUCUUGAAAAGGACAUCAGGGAGGUCAAUCGUCGUGACAACGCAGGUUACACAGCUCUGCAUGAGGCGUCCUCUCGAGGCUGGACUCAGAUUGUCCAGAUGCUGCUCAAACACGGUGCUGAUGUCAACUGUAGCGCUCAGGAUGGAACGAGGCCCCUUCAUGAUGCAGUGGCCAGUGAUAAUCUACCAAUAGUCUGGUUGCUUUUGAACCAUGGAGCAGACCCGACUUUGGCCACGUACUCUGGACACACACCAGUCAAACUGGCACACAGCCCAAGCAUGAAGACCUUCCUCACAGAGUAUUUCACAGAUCUGGAAGGCCGCAAUGAACAGGACCCCAGUUUGCCAUGGGACUUCUACAGUAGCUCCCUGUUCGAAAUCGAUCAGGAGCCAUGCUGGGACUUCUUGCUGUCUGAGCAGAAUCAGGAGCUGGAGGAGAAUUCAUCUGGGACAACUGAGCGGGACCUGGACAAAGACUGCCUUCUGUUUGAGUUCUCCUCCGAGCCUCUGCUACCCUGCUAUCACGUUCAGGUGUCAUUAACACAGGGCUUUUGCAACUGGUUCCUCCUGACUGACGUCCUGAAGCGUUUGAAGAUGUCGGCGAGGAUCUUCAGGGCGCGUUACCCACACUUGGAGGUGGUGAGUUUAUCCCGGGCUGAGCUGGUGAGGCAGGUGUCGGUCAGCCAGGUGAGCUCCACUUUGGCCACGCCCUACAGAGGGAAAAACAAAGACAAGGAGGAAGACAAGGAGGAGGAUGAGGAGGGACUUGUGGAUCUGGUGCGUUGCGUGCCAGAGCUCCAGAGACUACUGGGCUCCUCAAUCCACAUCCUACAAGAGGAUGAGGAAGACGAGGAGGAGGAGAUGACACUGACGAACACAGCGAAGCUACGCGGCCGAUAGCCUCUCUUUGACCGCCGAGCAGACGAACUGUCACUUUUUAAGUCCUGCCUGCAAGCGGUGGCUCAGAGGAAGCCUGUCCGUCCAUUGUAAUGAGGAUCAUGGGUUUUAACUCCAGCUAUGACUUGACACUCCACCCAUAACCUUUGACCUCAGCAAGAAGGUGAUUAAGUGAUCACAGCACCUAAAGGACCUGCACAUAGGAGUGUUCAGUACUGGAAAGCAGCUUUCAGGUUCCUAUCUAUAGGUAUAUUUGAAUACAUAAGAACUAUUGAACAAACCUUUUUUAAUGAUUAUGUAUGUACAUGGUAGUGUAUAUGUAUAUCUUGCCAUCAGGGUUAACACAUUUGGUUAUAUAAAUGUAUUCUUGUGGCAAGGGGUGGAUUAUGCCUAGGACUUUUUGUUUGUCACUGAGGGAGAGUGAUAUUUUUUGAUGGGAGAUAAUCCAAGGCUUUUAUCUUGGUGAACUCUUGCGUAAAGCUAAGACGCUUAAGACCAGCUAUCGGCGUCAGGGAGGCUGUUGACCCAGAUGGUUUUUCUGUCGACCUGGAGACGCGAAGACCUGCAGAGAAAAGACAGCGGCUCAUAAUAUCCACACCAAACCAUCGCAACAGCUCAGUACGGCGGCGUAUCAGAGACGAUUGAGGUUAAAAAAGGAUACGAGCCAGGGUGAAGAGGGGAUAAGAAUAGUCCAGAAAGACUCAAAGAUUAAGAUUAGACUUUAGGAGUGUAUGGAAAAAUUUAGAAAAGUUGGAGGUGAUGUGGUAAAUUUGAUGAAAAACUCAUGAGUUUACAAGAAAAAGGCUGUAGUAUUCUGACAUCAAAAAGUAAACACAAGAAAAACUUGCAAAUUUAUGAGAACAAAGGAGGAAGGAGACAAACUUUGUUAUUGGAUAUUACUUUGAACUUGGAUGGUCAAUUUUGGAUAGUAAAUUUUAAAUUUCUCUGAUGUUAAAAAGUGUCAUGUUCGUAAGGGGGAAAAUAAGACUUACCCAGAUUUAGAGGUGUAAAUUUACAGUAAAAAAAGUUGGACGGAUGGAACUGAUGAAUUAAACUAACAAAUUUACAUAGUCAAAGAAACUUAAUUUUUUUUUUAAGUUUUAAAGAACAAUAAUUGAAAAUCCUCUGAGAUUAAAAAUUCAUAAAUUUGUGAAGCUGUAGAGUUUGUAAAGCUGUAAAUUUACAAGAAACACAAAUCAUAUACUAUUAUGACAAAAAAUCUAGCGGAGAUUAAAGUCACAAAUCAAUCAGAAAAAAAUGUCAGAGUCAGUAUAAAGACAAGUCCAGAGCGUGGGUGAUGAGUGGGUCACAUUCAGAGGCUGGAUUCAAUUAUUUAAUUGUUUUCUUCCAGUUGUCAGUUUUUAGUUACAGCACAGAUACAUGGUUUGGAUUAAAACUGAGCCGAUAACAUUAAACUAUUCUUCACCUCAUCAUACCACAGCACCACAAGAAAAGCUACACGGACACAUUCGUCAAAGAACAAACAAUUCAGUGGGAUUUAUACAAAUAAAAGGAACAUCCAGAUGAGGUGGCAUAUGGCUGCAUCUGAUGAACUGUUACCUUUGCAGGAAAAACUGCUUUAAAUCAAAUCAUUAUUAGGGUCACUUACAUGACUGAGAUCUUUUUUUUUUGGUUAUUUGGGUUUUUUUUGUUAUGAUGGUGAACAUGAUGAUGGGACUUUUACUUUAAGUAGAGAUUUAUCACAACUCUGCACUAGCGGUAAAUUGCCCACAGGUUGUAGAGUAGAUCUAGUCAAACACAAGCAGUAAAAAGAAUUCAGAAACAUCCUUUGUAAUGAUAAUUUUUAAAAAAUGACAGGAACCUUUUGGCUGCACAAUGAACAUUGAUAAUACUAACCUUUAGUGCAUGACUUUACUUGUAUUGGAAUAUUUUCAGGGUGUGUUAGUACUUUUACUGAACGGAAUGUUCUGAAUACAUCUAAUUUUACUGCUGUGCACGUGGUUAGGUUUAAGGCUGUGUCCAGAUCACACUAGAUUGUGAAAUAAAAGACUUUUAAAGAGACUAUAAAAUAAUAUUAACAAACAAAAAGUGAGCAGUAAAUCAUGGCAUCAUCAUGCCACAUAGGCAGUCAGUGUGAAUGUUCCCUUGGCAUGUUUCUUAGUAAAUUAAGUCUGAUUAUAUAAUAAUAAGUUUAACCUGAGGUAAAAUUAUUUGAUGCAGCCAUGUGCCUCCCUUUUCCUAAACCAAACUAAACAGUACACUGCAGCUGUAAACUGGAAGAAGAAUACUAAGUCUAAAAUCCUAGAAUCCUCCAGGACAUAAACCCGUCUUCACUCGACCACCACCAUCUCCACUCAGACUUCAUCACUUCCUCACUCCAUAUGCAUCUGAGUUUCUUUUCUCAUAAUUUUGCAACUUUAAUCUCAGAGAUUUUUGUUGGGGUGAAUUUCCACUUGCUUCAUGCAUUACAUCCUUUAUUUUGUACAUUAUUCCAUGUGGUUAGUUUAAUUGAUUAAUAUAAGCAGUCAGAAAAACCCCAAGUCCUUUUAUUUAUGAAGUGCAUCCAGGAUUCCAACUGCAGAGGUCUGUAACAUGAGUAGGUCCAUUUUUUCAACAGUAGUAUCUGUAUGACACAAGCAUAAAAAACACAUCAUGGAAAUAAAACUAAUCAGAUAUAACAUUUAAAUCACAGUGGAUCUUUGGAUCAAGAAAAGUGCACAUUACUUGUAAAUGUACAGCUUCGCACAGUUUUUCUUUCAGUCGUCCCUUCUUCUUGGCUUGUAAAUAUUGUCCCUGAUCCGCCGUCAUCGGAGCCUCAUUUCCAGUCUAAGUUUUACUCUUUUACAUCAGUGAUAAUUUCAGGAUGGACCUAAGAUUACGAUGUUUUGCUCCUUAGUUUUACUCCGUAGUUUCACAGAAUAAGUCCGAGCAGCGCUGAACAGAUCUCGGUUUGAAAAGACGAUGUGUUUGGACCUUGUUGCGUUUACAGAGUCGGACAGAUGGCAGCAUCCUCCACUCCCAUGAUGCUCUCCUCCAGAACUCAUACAGAGUCCUGUGGAUCUCUCAGAGGAAAAGUCCAGAGCAGCGCCCUCUAACUGCAGCCACGACGACUGUCUCCACCUCCUUAUAUAGUGUUUCAGAUCCCAGAGUGCUUUGUGUUGCAGUGUUUUAUUUACACUGUUUGUUGUGCUUAAUUUAAUAGUCAUUAAUAUAUUUGACCUCUUGUGUAUCUGACAAGCGUAUCUAUGAGAAAUUGCUUUGUAUGGUUGGUGCUUCAUUUUGAAAUGUACUUAUUAGGAUCCCUUUAUUCUGAGAUUUUGCUCCCUCAUUCAGAAACAGUAUUUCAAAAAGCAAAAGUACAGUUUUAUUGUACUGGUGCUAAGAUAGAUUUUGUGUUGACAAUCAAUGAAGUUUUGGUUUGAAUCACAAACUAAUAAAAGAUAUUUAAGACGAAGAGACUAAGGUGUAAAGAAAGUAUAGUUUAGUUAAAGAAAAUGGGAUGGUGACUGAGCAGUGUUUGCGAUCAUGAGAGAGCCUUUUAUUUGAUUCUUUUAUAAGAAAUCAACAAGAAUAAAGCAUGAUUGUGAAUCAUA